UCACAUGACCAUCCAACAUGGCGCCUUGAAAGUUUUCAUUGUGAUCUAAACCUGUGAAUAUUGGCGUUUUUAUUCAAGUAUCUGUGUAUUUUAAAGAUGAAGGUGCGUGUACAGCUCCAGUGUAAGAACCUCCACGAAUAUCUAAAAGAACUGAGUCCAGAUGUUCUGGAUCGACUUUACAACCACCCAGCAACCUGCCUGGCUGUCUACAGGGAGCUGCCUGCACUGGCAAAGAACUAUGUGAUGCGAAUGCUGUUCUUGGACCAGCCCCUACCACAGGCAGCUGUUGCACUGUGGGUGAAGAAAGAUGGCCAGAAAGACCAUGACGAGUGUGUGUCCGUGUUGUCGGGACUGCGUCUGUGGCAUACUCAACACCUACCAGGUGGUCUCCAGGGCAACGUGCUGAAUCCUGUUUUUAAGGACAACUUGAGGGUCGCACUCUUAGGAGGUGGCAAAGCCUGGGCGGACGAGGGCAGCAGUCUAGGUCCUGACCGGCACGCACGUGACGUGGAGAGCUUGGACAAGUACGCCACAGAGCGCUGGGAGGUCAUCCUGCAUUUCAUGGUGGGGUCACCCAGCGCAGCAGUCAGCCAGGACCUCGCACAGCUACUCACACAGGCCGGACUCAUGAAGAGUGAGGCGGGUGACGCUCCUUGUAUCACCUCUUCAGGCUUUCAGUUCCUACUGCUGGACACGGCCUCACAACUCUGGUACCUCACCCUGCAGUAUCUCAACACUGCCCAGUCCAGAGGAAUGGACCUUGUUGAGAUCCUCUCCUUCCUCUUCCAGCUCAGCUUCUCUACGCUGGGAAGGGACUACUCGGUGGAGGGCAUGAGUGAGUCUCUGCUCACCUUCCUGCAGCACCUGCGUGAAUUUGGCCUUGUUUUCCAGAGAAAGAGGAAGUCCAGGAGGUACUACCCGACCCGUUUGGCUAUCACCCUCUCUGCUGGCGUUAGCAGCAACGCCUCCACCACCACCGGCGUCGGGCCCACACCCAGCACUGGAGAGGCCGGCUUCAUCGUAGUCGAAACCAACUAUCGCAUAUACGCUUACACAAACUCUGAGCUGCAGAUCGCGCUGGUGGCUCUGUUUAGUGAGAUGCUGUACAGGUUUCCUGACGUGGUGGUGGCACAGGUCACCCGAGAGUCUGUGCAGCAGGCCAUCGCCAAUGGCAUCACAGCACAGCAGAUAAUCCACUUUCUGCGGACAAGAGCACACCCUAUCAUGGUCAAACAGACGCCAGUUUUGCCUCCCACCAUCACAGAUCAAAUCAGACUGUGGGAGCUUGAAAAGGACAGAUUGCAGUUCUCUGAAGGAGUGCUGUAUAAUCAGUUUCUUUCCCAGGCCGACUUUGAGGUUCUUCGAGACAGAGCUCAGGGCCUGGGUGUAUUGGUGUGGCAGAACCCCGCUCACAGGGUCAUGGUGGUCAGUCCCCAGGGCCACAGCGAGGUGAAGAGGUUCUGGAAGAGGCAAAAGACAAGUCAUACUUAACAGACUGGCAUAGCACGUCUCCAUAUACACAAGCUGACCCAGAGUCAGGGGGAGUCAAGGACACACAGACGUGUAGCCUACAGUGCAGUCCAGGCAGACUGCACUGGAAUGAGGAGUAGACGGUGUGGAGAAAUGUGUUGCUCCUGUGCAUUAUUCCAUUUGGAAGAUGGCGGUGAAGGAAUGGCAGGGGUGGCAAAGUCCUUACUUAGGCCCAUGGCUCUCCCAAUGCUAUUAAAUAUGACACUAGAGCAGUGCCAUAAUGAUGAAACUCAAGACGUUAGUCUUUGUGCACCUCUAUGAUGGACAUGGGGGGGGG